ACAGAGGAGCCGUCAAACAUGGGGAUGAGCCGGCCCUCAGUGGGAUGUAAGAUAUAAUGUACACUUAUUUGAUUUCUAACAUAUUGUAGGUGGAUUGCUUUAAAUCUGAGAAAAAAAACAUCUCACACAUUCUGUUACAAGUUGACACUCAACAAAUCACUCACUGUCGUCUGGGACAACAAGGAUCAGUUCUCUCUGAUUGAUUUUAUUUAUCAGACAAAGAAAGAAAAAGUUCAACAAAAACAAUCAUGGAAUUCAAAAACAUGCCACGAUUUUAGAAAAAUACAAUCAUUACAAAUGUCCCUAUAAACCUGUUCCCUUAAAACUUUAUCCUAUUAGCUACACCUGAAACAUGGCUGCAGAGUCCUCGAGCGGCUCAAAAGGUUUUCAAACCAGUCAUGUGGUGACUGUUUCAUGAGCUGCUAACUCUUUGUCCUUAAAGACCUAUGGUUUCCAACCUGGGGGUCGGGACCCUCACAAGAGGUCGUGAGAUUAUUCUUAGUGGUCACAGGAUGAUUGUAGGGGUAGGAAAUAUUAAAACACAAAAUGAUGUUUAUUUUUUAUGUAUCUUUUCUAAUCUUUGCACUUUUUCAUGUGAAAUACUUAUAUUUAGUUAAACUUCUUAAGCCCUCUAAAAUGCAUUCACAUGAAACAACGGAAGAUCACUUAAAUGUAUCUCCAGUUUGUGCCUCAUGUUACAGUCCAGUCACAGAGCUGUUAGCCGCAGAUACAAAUGAUUUUUAACCAGUUUCUUAGGUUGCGACUGUUUCUCCUCAUGCAGGUAGCCAGAAAUUACAUCCCUCCUUGUUUGUUUUGUACAACAUGCACAAAUAGAAAGAAAGACACACAUUAUUUACUCUGAAAGAAUUGAACAACACAAGAGUAUAGACAAUGACAAUGUAACUUGUACAUUAUUUUUACAUUUGGUUCAUUUCCACAUUUUAUUUAUUUAGCAAGGACAUGUUAUUUGCAGCUACUGUCUUUGUUUGGGUCAAUGAAAGAAUCGUUUUACAUUCUCCGAUUGUUUUCAUGCGAGUCAGAAUUGCAUCAAGGCAUCCCAAGUAGACGUGGUUCAUAUUAAGGGGUCACAAACCAAAAACAAAGUUGCUAAACCACAGCUACACCCUUUAUCUAACAUCCAGGAUGGCGGCAGCCGUGUGAGAACAGACAUCCAGUGCGUCAGCUGAGCAGUGAGAAAUGGUCAGUGAGGCAAUAGGUAGAUUAUGGAGGAGGACUGAUAUAUUCAUGAGGUGUUUAUAUCUUGUUUUGGUAUCUGACGCUGUAAUCUGAUUCAUGACAGACGCAUUCUGGGGCUAUCUUUGUGCACUGUUCCUCUCAUAUCAAAUAUUUGGUUGCAUAUUUGAAGUAUUGAUGUCAACAGAGACAAGCUUAGUGCUACAGAGACAGACCGUCUCACACAGAGUGACAGGCCUUUUCUACUUCCCUACUGAAGCACUGGGAUCUUUCCAGGCGUCACUCGGAUAUUUUGAGCGACAUGUGACGUGACACGGUUGCUCGCUGCUGCCCGUUGACACUCGUGUUUGUCCCAGUUUCAAAAGAGAAACAAGAUUCUUCUGGUCGAUUUCAUCACCGCUGGCUUUGGGAUGCCACUUGGUUUCCUAUCAAGGAUCCGUGAUAGCUUAUGGUUUUAUUACUUUGUUUUAAGCUUGAAGGAAAAAAACAAACGUAAAAGCAACUGGUGCUGGGUGCCUGCAGAGAGCCCGAAAAGAGCUGGGACCAGGACUAUGAUCACUUCCUGCUUUCUCUCCUGGACGACCAGGAGCCCUGCUACAUGCUUUACCGCCUCGACUCCCAGAAUGCUCAGGGCUACGAGUGGAUCUUCAUAUCGUGGUCUCCUGAUCAGUCUCCAGUGAAACAGAAGAUGCUGUAUGCUGCCACCCGUGCCACAGUAAAGAAAGAGUUUGGCGGUGGCCAUGUGAAGUAUGAGCUGUUUGGCACAGCCGAGGAGGACAUCUGUUUGCUGGGCUACCAGCGUCACGUGUCAUCCUGCUCGGGUCCUGCCCCGCUCACAUUAGCCGAGCAGGAACUCCAGAGGAUCAAAUUCACAGAGGGCCGGGUUAAACAGGUGAAUACAGAUAACAGCGUGGAGAGUAAGCACCAGACACUUCAGAGUCUAGCUUUCCCUCUGCAGGAGACAGCCAAAAAAGCCCUGCAGCAACUUGCCCAAAAACGCAUUAACUACAUACAAUUGAGGUUGGAUGUAGAGAAGGAGACGAUCGAGCUGGUCCACUUUAACCCGACAGAAACUCGUGAUUUGCCCCGCAGAGUUCCCACAGACACCCCCAGAUACCACUUCUUCCUUUAUAAACACUCCCACGAAGGAGACUACCUGGAAUCUGUCGUGUUCAUAUACUCCAUGCCCGGAUACAGCUGUAGCAUUAAGGAGCGGAUGUUGUAUUCUAGCUGCAAGAGUCGACUACUGGAGGACGUGGAGAAAGAUUACCAUUUAGAAGUUGCUAAAAAGUUGGAGAUUGAUAACGGAGAUGAACUGACAGAGGACUUUCUGUAUGAUGAGGUCCAUCCCAAGCAGCACGCUCACAAACAGGCCUUUGCUAAACCCAGAGGCCCAGCAGGAAAAAGGGGACACAAGCGCCUCAUUAAGGGGACAGGAGAGGCCAUACAGAGCAGCUAGAGGCGGACACAUUUCUCCCGUAGUCAAGUCUGCAGUUCCAGCCCUCCCCAUUUCCCCAGACCCACUAACACCUCGUCAGGCCCAGAGGAAGGAGCACAGUGAUGGAUUUGCUCCGCUGUUUGUGUACUGAAACACUUGUGCUAUAUAAAUAACAUGUUUUUGGUGAAAAUGUGCUAAUAAAUGAUCCGUCUCUCCCACAGGUAAAUAAAUAUGAAGACAUACUAUAUGUAACACAUCUAAGAAACAACAAAAAUCUCUCAUGUGUAUUGAUAACUUCCACAAUUUACAAAAACUAUCAGGCUGAAACCAGUCCAGCGGCCUUGCUAUUGUGAAUCUAACCUGUCUGGUUAUUUUAUAAUUCUAUAGCAAUAGACCUGCAGUUUACAAUAUAAUAGACUCGUAAUGAAUUGUAAAUGCUUAGCCAGAUGUUUCAGUCCUCAUGUCUGCUCUUCAAUACAAGUUUUGUAUCAACAAUGGUUGUAAGACAAUAUGAAAGGAAAUUCUAAAUAAAUGUUGUUUAUACUGUGGUAUUAGA